AUACUUCAAGAGUAUGGUAUAAACAGAUGCGAGAUCUUUUGUUAUUGGUUCAGUAAACAAGAGAUACAAGUGUCGCCGAUUUUUGUUAACAUUCUUCCUUAUCGCUGUUUAUACUAUUGUUGUUAUUUUGUUAAGAGCGCCGCCCACAACCAUAAAAGCCGCAGAAACACCAACAAGUUACAGAUAGCAACUAGAUAGCCAGCAGCAAGAUGGUCCUUUCACGCUGCCUGCUAAUCUUCACUGUAUUGCUAGCGACCCUUCUAGUCCGUUUGCCCACUGAAGCGCAGAUCCUGGGCCGCGGCCAGUGCCGCCUCACCGCCAUCCGAGUGUCGGCGGGGGGGACAGUGUGCGAGAGACUCUGCUUUCGAAAAGACUACCGCGGUCCUCCGCUUCUCUGCAGCCGCAUCCCCAGGGAUGGAGUGGUUCCUGUCUGCGGGGCCGGUUGUUGCCGCAGCGGUCCCAACUGCCUGCAGUUGCUUUACUCCUAAGGUCGAUUGGUUAUCACGCAGAACGUGUCACCAAUUCAUACAAAUAUCUCAUCUUAAAAUUUUUGAAUAUUUCAGAAAAUUAAAAACUGCCUGCUAAUUAAAUAAUAUAAAAAGUAAUUUCUUUAAUAAAAAGGGUAUCAUGUUUGAUCCCAUAAAACGAUAAA